AUGGAUCAGGUCGUCAUAUCUCCCACAAACCGCUCGCCCGUGAUCGACAUCGCCAACUGGCUUUGUCUGGUCAUGGCAGCGUUGGCCGUCGUCACGCAUGCGGGAAUCAAAAUCUACGGAUCCAAGUCACUGGACUUGGAAACCAUACUGGUCUCCGUGGCGCUGGUUUUCGCCAUUGGGCAGUCCGCUGCAGUGUCAGUACAGACUGCUAACGGGUACGGUACUCCUCAAAACGAUUUGACGGAUUCUCAAAGGGACACUAUUCUUAAGGGGAACUAUGCCGCUACGAUUCUAUUCUUCUGUUCAAUCGCUUUCUCCAAGUUUGUCAUUUCGACCUUCAUCAGCAGUCUCACCCCCAAAAAAGUACAUCGGCGUAUCAACCAGGGAUUCUUUGCUUUCACGGGUCUGUGGCUCUUGACUGCUGUUCUGGUGUCGGCCUUUAGAUGUGCUCCUCCCGAUCCCUGGAGGAAUAUCACGUCGCUGAAGUGCAUCGAUUACCUGGCCUGGUGGUAUGGAGUCACGGUCCUGAAUAUUGUAUCCGAAGUGGCCUUGGUGGGAUUAGAGAUUGGAGUGAUCAUGCCGCUACAAAUGGCACGACAACGCAAAGCGUUCAUCACCAGUUUGUUUGCGUUGAGAUUGAUUGUCACCGUCGCCGCCGCAGUCCAACUAUACUUCUACCACAAGGACCACACGGGCGAGCUGAGCGGCGACUUCUCGCUCGGAUACUGGCGAUCGGCUGUGUGUACACAAGUGGUGCAGUGCCUCGCCAUCUUCACCACAUCGCUACCGUACGCGAAGACAAUCAUGGACAAUCUGGACUCGGGGUUGAUGGGGGUCAAACUUGGAGGGGAAACAAAAGGCUCAGGAUACGGCAGUGGCAGGACGUAUGAGCUCUUGGAUAUCUCGCGCAGCGCCAAACCGUCAUCGCGUGUAGAUGGAGGCUCUGUGAUCCGCACAACAAAAACAUACACGGUAGAGACACACGAUGUAAAAUAAU